GAUCCUUGCUGUGUGUAUGAUCUCCAGGACGCUCAUGAGUUCCUGACGUCGCUGCUGGAGCAGAUGAGGAGUCUGGCCCCUCGGCUGCAGGAGGCUGCAGCGUGCAUGGGCCGGCGUUACACCUGCCCCGUCGAGGACCACAUGGUGUUCAAGAUGGAGAACACCAGGACCUGCAAGAGCUGUGGGGCCAUGUCAACGAAACAGGAGGAGUUCACUAACCUGUCUCUGGACCUGGUUUCUGGAGUCUCUGUGGAAGACUUGCUCCAGGAGUACCUGAAGGAAAAGGAGUUGGAGUUCAGCUGUGAGUGCGGAGGACGGACGUCGAGUUACAGGUCGUCAUUCAGCACUCUGCCACAAGUGCUCAUCUUGCAGCUGAAGCGGUUUCGCUUCUCUCCGUCCUUCAAGCUCGAGAAGGCCGAUGACCCCGUCACGCUGCUCAGGGACCUGGUCUUGUCCUCCACACAGGGCGGCAGCUGCUACAGUCUGAUCAGCACCAUCAGCCAUGUUGGCUGCACAGAAGGAGGUUCACACGGCACGAUGAGGCCACAGACAGGUAAAGUGGCUGUGCAGCUGCUGGUGAAAAGGGAGGAGGAGACCGUCCUGUUGGUCUCUGCUGCAGAUGAUGCGCCGAAAUCACAGAGGGGGGAACUAACAACCGCGGCGGCUGCCUCCAAAAGCCGGGAUCCGAGCCUGAAGCACGUUGGCCCUUCAUCUGCAUCUCAAUGA